UUGACAGCAGACCUGGGAACAGAAAAUCUGAGUGCAAAUUGUGUAGCUAGAAGUGAAGAUGCCACCACAGUCUGGUCCCUCAAAAGAGAAGUCAGAGCCUGUUCCAGAUUUUACCCAACAUUUUACUUGGGAGGAGAUUGCAGUCCAUACUGGCUGGGGCCAUGGGACCUCAGGGAAGGGCCGGUGGCUGGUAAUUGACAGGAAAGUCUACGAUAUCAGCAAGUUCUACCUGGUGCACCCUGGAGGCAAGCGGGUAAUCAGCCAUUAUGCAGGGCAAGAUGCUACGGAUGCCUUUGCCGCUUUCCACCCGAAUAAAGCGCUGGUGAAAACAUAUUUAAAACCACUGCAAGUCGGGGAGUUGGCACCAGAUCAAUCUACCUCUGAGCCCAGUAAAAAUAAACUGCUGGUGGAGGACUUCCGUGAGCUGCGAGCCACUGUUGAGAAGAUGGGUCUCCUGCAGCCUAAUUACUUCUUUUUCUUCCUGAUUUUCCUGCACAUCCUGGUACUGGAUGCUGCUUCCUGGCUCACUGUGUGGUACUUUGGUGCAUCCUUAGUGCCUUUCCUUGUUGGUGCGGCCCUGUUCGCUACUGCACAGACACAAUUGAACUGGUUCCAACAUGAUGUUGGGCACUUUUCUGUCUUCAGAAAUACAAAAUGGAGCCGGAGGUUUCAUCUAGCCUUAGCUGCUCUGAAAGGGUUUUCACCCAGCUGGUGGAAUCACCUGCACAAUCAACACCAUGCCAAACCCAACUGCUUUCGAAAAGACCCUGAUCUUGGUUUCCACCCUGUCUUAUUCAGCUUUGGGAAGAUACUCUCCACAGAGUUGGGGAAAAAGAAGAAAAAGUUCAUGCCUUAUAACCAUCAGCACAAGUAUUUUGGCUUUUUGGCUCCAUUCGCAAUAAUUCCCUUUUUCCAGCUUGCUUUAAUCUAUUUUGCAACCAAGCACAAAAAGUGGUUUGAGCUGUUCUUGACAGUGACUUAUAACAUUCGAAUCUUUCUCAUGUACGUGCCCCUAAUGGGAUUAAAGACCUUCAUGGUGUACUACUUGUUUGCCAGAUACAUAGAGGCUUCCUGGUUUAUCUGGAUUUCACAAAUGAACCACAUCCCAAUGCACAUUGAUUAUGAUCGGAACUUGGACUGGGUAUCUACCCAGCUUGAAGCAACAUGCAAUGUGCAUCAGUCCUUGUUCAAUGACUGGUUCACUGGGCACCUAGACUUCCAAAUUGAGCACCACCUUUUCCCCACAAUGCCUCGACAUAACUUGUGGAAGGCAGCCCCCUUGGUGAAAUCUCUCUGCGCCAAGCAUGGCAUUGAGUACAAAACCAAGACCUUGCUCACUGCCCUUGCAGACAUUUUGUGCACCUUGAAAGAUUCUGGGGAACACUGGCUUGAGGCCUAUCUGCAUGGAUAAGAAACAUACAACACAAAAUUUCUCCAUGUAAGCUACCAUAAAAAACUACACAGCAGACCACUGGAUCUCAGGGAUAGCCUUGUGCUUUGCUAGGGAGCAAGGGAGAUGCUUUAUUUCAGUAUGAAUGUGGACUUUCAAGAUAUUUCUCCUAGCUCUGAAACUGAUACUUCAUCUGCUGCUUUCUGUGGCUGUGUUUAGGGACAUGAUGAAUCAGUAGGCUAUUUGAGCUGAGCCUUGUAGAAAAGGGGCUUUAUAAAUAAUAAGAAAAGACUCUCUUUAUCUCUCUACUAAUAUGUUACUUGCUGUGAAUACAAGAGAGAGACCAGCCUGACUCUUUCCGUGAGUGACAGAGUUUUAAGGAAGUUUAAGGCAAGAAUUCUUCUGGGUGCUAGCUUUUAUUAGACUAACUUCAUGGGUCGGAUAGACACAGACAAACUUUCUGGUAUCAGCUGAGGAAGACCUGAAGAAGUGCACUGUGGUAUUCAAAGGCUUGUCACGUCUCUCUCAACCAUGUCAUUGGUCCAAUAAAAGAUAGAACCCUCAAGAAGUCUUGCCUCUUACACAUGGACCAUCACAACAACAUCAUUUCAGAACAAGGAAGCUUAAGUAUUUCUGAAUUGCUUUACCUUGGGAAAUAAUGUGCAGGAGAAAACUAACUGUACUGAAAAAGAAGAAAUGAUGGUGGUAGAAAAAUGGAAAAGGAAAUAUUCAAGGAGUUCAUCUAUUUGUUGUAAAUUAAACACAGGAAAAAUGGGGGAAAUAAACUCACACAGAGGGAUAAAGAAGCUAAAUCAC